AUGCCUCCCACCACUCGCUCAAAGCAGGGCUCCCCGGCCCCCGCGGCUCUGGCGACUGCUCGCGAGACCGACAUCAACACCACCAUUCGCCAGCGUCCUCGCGAAGGAAGCAGGUCUCGCAACCCUGACGAUGUGUAUGAUGCCAAGUAUGCUGUGGACCUGGCAACAUACACUGUUGACGAGAAUGUCUUCCUCUUCGUUCCCAACCUCAUUGGUUACGUUCGCGUAAUUCUCGCUGCCGCAGCGCUGUACUACAUGCCCAACUACCCAAGGACGUGUACGGUCCUUUACGGAGUCAGCUGUCUCCUCGAUGCCUUGGACGGUCUGGCCGCCCGCGCGCUGAACCAGUCGUCCAAGUUUGGCGCCGUCCUUGACAUGGUGACCGACCGUUGCACCACCGCCUGCCUCCUCUGCUACCUCGCCAGCGCGUACCCGAAGUACGCCCUUCUUUACCAGUUCCUCAUCGCCCUCGACUUUGCCUCGCACUACAUUCACAUGUACUCUUCGAACGUCACCGGAUCGUCGUCGCACAAGAACAUCACCGCCGACGUCUCGCGCAUCCUUUACUACUACUACACCAGCAAGUUCACCCUCUUCAUGUUCUGCUUCUGCAACGAGCUCUUCUUCGUCUGCAUGUACCUCAACGCCUUUAUUCAGACCCCUAUCUCCUCUGUCGUUCUUCCCGAGCUUGUCGUCAAGACCGGCCUCGACAAGAUCGCACCUUGCCUCCUGCGCGGCGCCGCCAACCUCACCUGGCCCCAGUUUGUUGCCGCUCUCAACUUCCCGCUCUGCGCCGGUAAGCAGAUCAUCAACGUUGUCCAGUUCUGGAAGGCCUCCAAGAUUCUCGUCGGCAUCGACCUUGUUGACCGCCAGAAGGCCCGCGCCAAGAAGGCCGCUGAGGAGGCGUUCAAGGCCUCCAAGGGGGCUGCCGUCCUCUAG